CCUGCCACAUCCAGACAGAUGCUCUAACUACUACUUAUUUACUUGGACACCUCUGUCACUGCAGUCUAAAGAGAAACUUUCUCCCCCGGCUGAGCGAGUAUUCAGAUAACUUUAGGGAAAUCAUCCAGAGUCCUGCUUGGCUGGGACACAAAUUCAUCCCAUACUUUUGGCAGCUCUGCUUGACUCACUAAAAAAAAGUUCUGCAAUAGUGUUGGAGCCUGAGGAUGCAGGACUAGGAUCGAUGGACGCAUCUGAAAAAUACUUCUCAAAAUCUAGGAUUAAAAAACAAAUACAAGCAAUUUGGGUUCAAGAUCAACAGAAUUUUUUGAGCCUGUGGUCAGAAGGCUGUGGAUAUAUUGCACAUUGUCAUAUUUCAUAUGAAAACAAAACAACAAACCAUCAAACCCAUGUACAUUGCGAAUGGCUUUGCUUUCAAGGAACAGAAAGAAACUGAUUUAAUAUCAUGAGUACAUAUUUAACUCUUGCUGUAGCCCCGUUGUGCACAUGAUUGCCGAAUUUCUCAGGUGAGGACUUCUUGUGGACACGUGUUGAUGGCAAUAUUCCAAAACGUUCUUCUGAGUGCAGAACAUCUUUGCUUGUGACUUCCCUAUGACUUCUUCAAGAAAACAUACCUGUUCUCAUUCUGCAAACACUAUGGAAAAACCAUUCAUGUUAAUAAUAUGAAUUUGAUUUACUCUGUGUAGGACACUGGAUUAUUGUUUAGAACUUGGUUUCCAUGAUGUACUAUAGAUUUUCCCAUUAGUCUUUGUUUUAUCCUAAUUAUCUACAGGUUGUGUUUGUUGGAGAUUGGUUAUGGCUGUUCAUACCCUAACAGGAUUUUCACUGGUCAGCCUGUUAAGUUUCAGUUACAUGUCCUGGGACUGGAUGAAACCUUCUGUACUUGGGGACAGUCCUGGUGAUGAUCCAUCAACACUUCAGGCACCAACUUCUUCUAGACCUCCACACAUUAUAUUCAUCUUGACUGAUGACCAAGGCUUCCAUGACAUAGGAUACCAUGGAUCGGACAUACAAACUCCCACUUUAGACAGGUUAGCAGCUGAGGGUGUCAAGCUGGAGAACUAUUAUGUUCAACCUAUCUGUACUCCCUCCCGUAGUCAGCUCAUCACUGGCAGGUAUCAGAUCCAUACCGGUUUACAACACUCCAUUAUUCGUCCACGGCAACCUAAUUGUUUACCCCUUCAUCAAGUCACACUACCCCAGAAACUACAGGAAGCUGGUUAUGCAACACACAUGGUGGGAAAGUGGCACUUGGGCUUCUAUAAGAAAGAAUGCCUCCCAACGAGACGUGGUUUUGACACCUUUCUUGGUUCAUUGACUGGCAAUGUGGACUAUUACACUUAUGACAACUGUGAUGGGCCAGGAGUAUGUGGCUUUGAUUUACAUGAGGGUGAGAAUGCAGCUUGGGAUCUUGCAGGCAAGUAUUCUACCCUUCUCUACUCCCAACGUGUAAGCCACAUCUUGGCAGCUCAUAACCCACAACAGCCAAUUUUUAUAUACAUAUCUUUCCAGGCAGUGCAUACCCCCCUUCAGUCCCCUCGAGAGUACAUAUAUCAAUAUAGGAAUAUGGGCAAUGUAGCAAGGCGCAAAUAUGCUGCUAUGGUGACCUGUAUGGAUGCAGCUGUAAAAAACAUCACCAGGGCAUUGAAAAAGUAUGGUUACUAUGACAACAGUGUUAUCAUCUUUUCAUCAGACAAUGGAGGUCAGACAUUCUCUGGUGGAAGUAACUGGCCCUUAAGGGGCCGUAAGGGAACAUAUUGGGAGGGUGGUAUAAGGAGCUUAGGUUUUGUCCAUAGCCCAUUGAUCAAAAAGAGAAGAAGGUCUAGUAGGACGUUAAUGCACAUAACAGACUGGUAUCCAACACUAGUAAAAUUGGCAGGUGGAAAUAUUUCAGACACAGAUGACCUAGAUGGCUAUGAUAUGUGGCCAUCAAUCAGCGAAGGAAAGGUAUCACUUCGGACUGAAAUUCUACACAAUAUUGACCCCUUGUAUAACCUUGCCAAAUCAGGGUCCAUGGAAGAAGGACAAGGAGUAUGGAAUACUGCCAUUCAAGCCUCCAUAAGAGUCAAAGAUUUUAAGUUGUUAACAGGAGAUCCUGGUUAUAGUGACUGGAUUCCACCACAGACCGUCACCAACUUCCCAGGAACCUGGUGGAAUUUAGAACGUCAUACGGAUGGAGCUCGCAAGUCUGUAUGGCUCUUCAACAUUACAGCAGAUCCUUAUGAGCGUCAUGACCUGUCUGCACAGAAGCCAGAAGUGGUUAAGGAAUUAUUGACACGAUUGGCUUAUUAUAAUCGUACUGCAAUUCCAGUGCGAUAUCCUAAUGAGGACCCAAGGGGUAAUCCAGAACUCAAUGGUGGUGCAUGGGGACCAUGGGCUAGUGAGGAGGAUGAAGAGGAUGAAGAAAACUGGAUUAGAAGUGGACGUUUAAAGAGUACAAAUAAAAAGAAAAAAUGCAAAAUUUGCAAGUUAAGAUCAUUCUUCAAAAAGCUGAACACACGUCUUAUGUCUAAUCGCAUCUAAAAAAAAACUACAGGACUUUUUAAAAAUAUAUUUUUUUGGCCUUGUUUUUGAAUUGUCUCUUGUAAUGCAAUUAACAUUCUGCCAAUUACAAAGACAUUGUGGAAAUAGCAGAUAUAUCAGAGAAUUGUACAGCAAGGUUACGUGUAAGUAGUGCAAGUCUAAGGAACUAUGUUGGUUUCAUGGGGGCAUCUAACAAUUCUGGAUCUACAGAAGAAAUUCUGAAACUUGAAAUAUGUAAUCCAGAUGGGUUAUACAGACGACACUUUUCUAAGGUUGAAAUGUAAUCAAACACAUUUGCAUUCUAAUAUUAAAGGGAAUAUUUACAAACGUUGGACUACUUCAGUGCCUUAAAGACAAUUUAUAGUCUUACAAUUUCAAGGAUGAAGGAUUACUUCACAAACAAACUUUUUUUUUUUUUUUUUUUACCAUAGGCAGUAUUUAAUAUAGCCAUUUAAUUUCCUGUUUGUAGACAAUUUUGAUUCUGCACAGGCACAAAGGGUCUAUUUUACAAAUAUUUUCAAUGUAUUCUAUAUUUAUAGUAACAUCUUGAGACAACCCCACAGAAAAAAUGCAGGGAAAUAAUCUUCAAUGAUCUUCUAGGGGGGGAAAUCUCUCAAAGAAGAGACUAAUGUAAUGCUUCAAAUUGACUGAACAAAUAUAUUGCUAUUUGUUUAACUAUGAGCCUUUUAUUGAGCUAUAAUGUACACAUGUACAUAAAAUAGGCAGGACUGUACAAAUCAUAUUGUGCCAACCUUAUGAUUGGUUGGGAAGGCCUCAUCUCCAAUCCCCAUAGGCAAUGGCUGCAAUAGAUAACAAAAUCUACCGUAUAUUGAUGUACAACAAAGAUUGAUGUGUUGAGCGUUGUUGAAAUAUAGGGGCUAGAUGGCUAUGAUAUCCACCAGUAAGUGAAGGAGAGGAAUUAUUUAGAAUUCACAUUCUUCAUGAUAUAGACCCUUUGUAUAACCUUGCCAAGUCAAGCUCUAUAGAAAAUAGUCAAUAAAUCAAAUAUUAAAGGGGGCCAUGUAUUAAGAUUGGCGAUUUAGAUGCUGGUCUUAGUCCCUCUGCGCUGCCAGUGGAUGCACCAAAGUUAUGUGGA